GCCACAUGAGUUUAGCUGGCUGCACUCUAAAGAGAAGUUGGCUAAGGUCGUCUUUUCCCCCCCCUUCCUAACACAGAUUUGAAAACGCUGCGUAGAUUAUUUUCCCGAGUUGUGUGCCUGUCCAAUAUGGGUAAAAGAAAUAGGAACAGGCAGAAUCAGCAGAACAGAGACCAACGACCAGAAGGGAGCAGAAGUAGAGAUAAUGCUGGUUGGGGCGCGGGUUACUCUGAAAUUAUUAAGGAGAACAAGUUGUUUGAGCAAUACUACCGUGAACUGAACAUCGUUCCAGAGGGAGAGUUUGAGGAGUUUAUGGAAGCCAUGAGAGAGCCGCUACCUGCUACCAUCCGGAUCACUGGCUACAAAAGCCAUGCAAAAGAGAUCCUUCACACCCUGAAGGAGAAAUAUUUCAAAGAGAUUCAAGACCUGGAAAUAGAUGGCCAGAAGAUAGAGGCCCCUCAGGCUCUAAGAUGGUACCCAGAUGAUUUGGCUUGGCACACCAACAUGAGCAGGAAGAUCUUGCGCAAGUCUCCACUUCUGGAGAAAUUCCACCAGUUCCUAGUCAGUGAAACUGAGUCGGGAAAUAUUAGCAGACAGGAGGCAGUCAGUAUGAUCCCCCCUUUACUGCUGAAAAUAGAGCCUCACCAUAAGAUUCUGGACAUGUGUGCUGCCCCAGGGUCAAAGACAGCUCAGCUCAUAGAGAUGCUUCAUGCUGAUAUGGAUGUACCCUUCCCUGAGGGUUUCGUGAUUGCCAACGAUGUGGACAACAAGCGCUGCUACCUGCUGGUGCACCAGGCCAAGAGGCUGAACAGUCCGUGCAUCAUGGUGGUGAAUCACGAUGCCUCCUGCAUCCCCCGCUUGCAGCUGGAGCAUGAUGGGAAGAAAGAGGUCCUCUUCUAUGACCGGGUCCUCUGUGACGUUCCCUGCAGUGGAGAUGGGACGAUGAGAAAGAACAUAGACGUGUGGAAAAAGUGGACAACCAGCAAUGGCCUUCAGCUGCAUGGGCUUCAGUUGAGGAUAGCUGUGCGUGGGGUGGAGCAGCUAGCUGUAGGUGGCAGGAUGGUGUACUCCACCUGCUCUCUGAACCCUGUGGAAGAUGAAGCAGUCAUUGCCUCCUUGCUGGAGAAGAGUGAAGGUGCGCUGGAGCUGGUUGAGGCUGUGGCAGACCUGCCAGGCCUGAAGUUCAUGCCUGGUAUCACCUCCUGGAAACUGAUGACCAGAGAUGGCCAGUGGUAUUCCAACUGGUCUGAAGUGCCAGAGGCCCGACACACCCAGAUCAGACCCACCAUGUUCCCCCCGACUGAUGAUGAAAAGCUGCAGAGUAUGAAGCUGGAGAGAUGUAUGAGGAUACUGCCACAUCAUCAGAACACGGGUGGCUUUUUUGUGGCUGUGCUGGUGAAGAAGGCACCCAUGCCUUGGAAUCGCCGCUACCCAAAGCUCCGGAACGCGGAGGCUGUGCCCUCUGGAGAGACAGCCCAGGCGGAGGAGCUUCAGGUGAUACGGGCUUCUGCAGAGGUGGGCGAGGUGGAGGCCCCCACACAGGGAGAACCCAGCACCUCUGAGGCAGCAGAGACCCAGCAGGAUGCAGAUUCGAAGAAAGAUGGAGUGUGUGGUGAGGCACCGAGUGGUGCUGGUGUUGGGCUGGGUGUUCUUGCCUCCUGUCCCUGUCCUGGUCACCGUGGUCUCACUCACACGAGCCCUUCUCCCUGUUCCAGGCCGCCACCUUCAAAGAAGAUGAAGCUCUUUGGCUUCAAAGAGGACCCCUUUGUGUUCCUCACUGAGGAGGACCCUGUCUUCCCUCCUAUCCAGGCAUUCUACGACCUUUCCCCAGGCUUCCCCAAGCUGAAUGUGUUGACUAGAACUCACGAAGGCAAAAAAAGGCAUCUGUACAUGGUUUCCAAGGAGCUUCGAAAUGUCCUGCUCAACAACAGUGAGAGAAUGAAAGUGAUCAACACGGGUGUGAAAGUGUGGUCCAGGAAUAACGAUGGAGAGCAGUUUGGCUGUGCCUUCAGGCUGGCGCAGGAGGGUAUCUACACCCUCUAUCCCUAUAUCAGAGCCCGUGUGAUCACCGUUAGUUUGGAGGAUGUCAAAGUUCUCCUAACUGAGGAGAAUCCUUUCCUCAGCAGGCUGGGGGAAGACACCCAUGCCCAGGCCAAGAAACUUGAAAUGGGCAGCAUUGUUUUAAAAUACCGGCCAGAUCCAAAGGAUCCCAGCUCCCCUCAGUGUCCCAUAGAAUUAUGCGGUUGGAGGGGGAAGACUUCCAUCAGGGCUUUCGUCCCACGCAACGAACGUCUCCACUACCUGCGCAUGGUCGGGGUAGAAGUCUUCCAGGACAAGCAGGGCAAGAAGGCGGGCCGUACCACAGAAGCCCAGGAAGGAAGCACCGAGCUGGGCGAGGCACGGGGCAGGGAGGAGGGUGGCACCCAGGAGCCAGAAAGCACAGACACGGAUCAGAAUGGUUCCGCAAAGUCCAAAGGAAAUGGUUUAGAAGGAGCAGGAAGCGCUUGAGGCUGCACCAUCUCACAGCGGGUGAGGUGUGCCAGGCGAAAUGCUCCGGAGCCAGACCUAAACAACACUGGACAAAGGGAAGGGGGAACAUGGAGGCUUUGAGCAAGCGUUGACCUUGCCUGACCAACCCUUUUACAGAGUACAUGGGCUGGUCCACAAUCCCCUAGGAAGCCAACUUCUAUGAAAACUGAAACAAGGUUUAUUUAAAUUUAGGAAACGUUUAUUUUUAACUUUGGAUUAAUGUUAUUGGAUCUCUGAGUUUGUGGUCAUUGGUUUAUGUCCUGGAUUUUUCCUGGCAGAAAUGAAAGCAGUGGUUGUGACUGGAUUCUCUUAAGCUAUGCAAAGCCACUGCUAAUUUAGAUCAGUGGCCAACGGUGUUUUGUUUGUCAUGCUUGUAUUGUACGUACUAUAAAUACAUCUCAUUUUAUUAAAAAGCUCAAAACGGC